AUGUUUGAGCAGAGUCAAGCGGUAGCAGCCUCUCCGUUGAAAAGAGAUCUGGCGAAGAAAUUGAGCGAUUAUGAUUAUUUGGUUGGAAUGGCCAUUUUGAAGUUAUCGGAAGAGGAGAAAGACAAACUUCUCAAAGAAAGUGAGGCAAAAUUAAGCGAACUGAAGGAUUUGGAGAGUAAAAGUUGGUCGGAUCUUUGGAAUGCGGACUUGGAGAAUUUCUUGGUGGAACUGGAUAAGCAGGAAGCGAAAGAGAAGGCAGAUACUGUUGGUCAAAUCAAAGCAGCCGCAAGGAAAUUGAAAGGGGAUAAAUUGGCAGCAGAUCGCAAACGAAAGCAGAAUCGUGCUAGCGGCGGAUUCGUUGCGGAAGUAUUGCCCGACCCGAGCGGUAUUCGAAUUCAACCGAAUAUGGAUGCAAUCAAGGAGAAAUAUGAUGCGAAAAAGACCGUCGGAGCGGACGGUGAACCAAAAGUGCGUAAACCCAGAGAGCCAAAACCUCCGAAAGAACCUAAAAAACCGAAGAAAGAACCGAAAGAUGAUGAAGUGGAUGAGAGUGGUGAAAAAAUUGUGAAGCGAAAACGUAAAAAGGAACCAAACGAUUCUGAAGGGGGAUCACCAAAAAAGAAAAUCAAAAAGAACAAGAAGGAAUGGGAAGAAGACAGCGAUGAGAGUGACGACGAUGACGGAGAGCAGGAAUAUGAGAUUGAUGACAUCGAUGAUUUUGAUAGUUUUUUCGCGGAUAGUGGCCCCGAAUUGAAAAAGACAACGGCUGAAGACAGGAGACAACGGAAAGGGAAUGAAGCAGACUCGUUGAAUAGUUCACUGGACGAACUGGAAUCAGCAGAUCAACCAGGACCGUCGACGAAACGCAAACCGACGGCAUUUAUCGAGUCGGAUGAUGACGAGGACGAAGGGAAAGACAGCCAGACUGGUGAUGAGGAUGGUGUGAAAGAUACAAAAAAGAAAAUGGAUGGUACGAAAAAGAAACCGUCAGCAGCAAAACCAAAAGAGAAGAAACAACCAGCAAAGAAGGCCAAACCAGCAAAACGUCGACUGCCAUCAGAAAGUGACGCGAGUGAUUUCGGAAAAGAUGACUCGCCUAAGGAGAAGGGUAACGAAUCUGACGAGGGCACUGCCCAGUCCCGUCGUGGAGGUGUUCGUGAGCGAAAACAGGUAAAAUACGCAUUCGACGAAAGCGAUGAGGAUAGCUAUCCGGAGGACUUAGCUUGA